AUGUGUUUGACAUUGAUGUUUGCAAUAAAGAAAAUAAAACACUAUCUACAAGCUCAUCAAAUUCGAUUUAUCUCUAAAGCUGAUCCAAUCAAGUACAUCAUGUCAAAACCAGUUCUUUCAGGAAGAUUGGCGAAAUGGGCUCUUUUGAUACAAGAAUUUGAUAUAAGCUACGUCUCUCAAAAGGCAAUUAAAGGUCAAGCACUUGCAGAUUUUCUAGCAUAUCAUCCCAUUCCAAAUAAUUGGGAGUUCUCUGAUGACUUGCCAGAUGAGGAUGUAUUUUUCAUUCAAAACUCACCUUGGAAGAUGUACUUUGAUGGGGCUGCUCGUCAAGAUGGUGUUGGGGCCGGUGUCGUCUUCAUUUCUCCUGAAGGUGAAGUUCUUCCAUACGCUUUCAACUUCUCGCAGAAUUGUGCAAAUAAUGUAGCAGAAUAUCAAGCAUUGGUACUAGGUCUUGAUAUGGCAAUUGACAUGAAUAUCGAUCAUAUCAUUGUGUUUGGAGAUUCAGAAUUGGUGGUCAACCAAUUUCUUUCAAUUUAUGAUGUGAAGAAACCUGAAUUGGUACCCUACUUUCAACAUGGAAGACUGCCUGACGAAUCAAAGCACAAGGCAGAAGUAAAAGAAGAUCAUCUCGCUUUGUUUACUUUAAAGAUACUCUUUAUCGCCGCUCUUUUGAUGAUGUUUGGUUAA